AUGUCUCCUUUACUCCGGUUUCUCGGGCUCCUGCUGUUUGCCAGUGCUGGUAGGCAAACUAUUGGCCAAGUACGACGGCAGAUCGAAGCCCAGCGACAUCAGCUGGCGAGGCGAGACGUCAAUCCCGCCUUACUCUACCCUGCGCACAACUUCUCGACCCCAAUCGACCACUUUCACAAUGAGACGAAGUAUGAACCGCACAGCAACGGCACCUAUCCCAUGCGCUACUGGUAUGAUGCAUCCUACUACAAGCCCGGAGGCCCUGUGAUUGUCCUGCAGUGCGGCGAGGGCGACGCGAGCGCACGCUUGCCGAUUCUGCAGAAGGGUAUACUGGCGCAGCUGAUCCAGGCCACGAACGGUAUCGGGGUGGUGAUGGAGCACCGAUACUACGGAACGAGCUUUCCCACUCCCGAUCUGUCUACGGAGAGCUUGCGGUUCUUAACGACAGAGCAAGCUUUGGCGGACGCUGCUUACUUUGCCCGACACGUAGAGUUUGCCGGCCUCGAGAAGUAUGGUGAUUUGACGAGCAACACAACCGCUUACAUUGGGUACGGUGGCUCCUACUCUGGAGCUUUCAACGCCUUCUUGCGCGUACAGUAUCCCGAUGUCUUCUGGGGCACGAUCUCGUCCUCCGGAGUAACAAAAGCCAUAUAUGACUACUGGCAGUACUUCGAUGCUAUUGCUCGCUACCAAUCACCCCUCUGCGUCGCUACGCAGCAGACCCUGACGCACAUUGUUGACAAUAUCCUCAUCGGUGAGGACGGCAGUAAUCAUACCAACAGCGGCUUUGUGACGCAGCUAAAGUCCGCUUUCGGCUUGCCAAAUGUGACGUACAACAACGACUUCGCCGACGUCUUGACUCGCGGUCUCGGCUUGCAGGCACUCAACUGGGAUCCCUCGAUCAGCAAUCCGGAGUUCUACAGUUACUGCGCGAACAUAAGCAAUACCUCCGUACUGUAUCCCUCGACGAAAGCGAUCAGUACGACGGUCUCUGACCUGAUCUCGGAGGCUGGGUAUACCGCCAACACCAGCCUCGUCAACCAAAUGCUGAACUACGUCGGUUACAUCAAUCUCACCGCAGUGGCAUCAUGUGCCGCCAGUAACGAAACGCAAGAUCAGUGCUUCGGUAACCACAACAGUACCUUCUAUCAGCAGGACGACGUGACCCAGACUUGGCGCUCGUGGCCAUAUCAGUACUGUACCCAAUGGGGUUAUCUCCAGACCGGCAGUGGUGUACCUGCCAACGAGCUGCCGAUGGUUUCGCGGACCAUUGACCUCGAAUACGAGAGCAUCGUCUGCAGGGAGGCCUUCGGCAUCCACAAUCCGCCCAACACCAACGCAAUCAACAAGUACGGUGGCUACAACAUCUCCUACCCACGUCUCGCGAUAGUAGACGGCGAAUGGGAUCCCUGGAGGCCAGCAACACCGCAUGCGUUCGGCUAUGGCGCGGUGGAUAGACCUAGCACUGCGAGUCAGCCGUUCAUGCUGAUUGCAGGUGCGGUGCACCAUUGGGAUGAGAACGGGGUGUUUCCAAACCAGACGACGAGCACGCUGCCACCGUUGCCAGUGGCUGACACGCAGAGAAUGGAGCUGAUUUUUGUGAAGGAGUGGAUGCACGAGUGGAAGGCAACUUCCUUCUCCUCGUAG